UGGUCCAACUCAUGGAGUAGUGCAGCCUGUGCAGGGUCUGGUAACAAGUAUAUAAAGGCCUUCCAACCCAAACACCAGAGUCACCAGCUGCAUUGGCAAUCUCUUCUGCAACUGCUGUAGACACUACUAUUUUUUUUCUUCUACAGCUACUGUAAACAUCAGUAGUGUACUACGUACAAAUUCUCCAAGCUUUCAAUUUCCCCACAGCAGGGUUAAUAAUUAGGAAAAUGAGCUGGGCAGGAGGAGACUGGAUGUGCCCUGCAUGCCAACACAUAAAUUUCAAGAAAAGGGAAGCCUGCCAACAUUGCAGUUAUCCCAAGUAUGGUGGCCCUGAUCCAACCACAUUCACAUACAGGCGGCCAGGGGACUGGUAUUGCACAGCCAUGAACUGUGGAUCCCACAAUUAUGCAAGCAGGUCAAGCUGCUACAGAUGUGGUGCAAUGAAGAAUGAUUAUGGUAGUGGGUAUGGAGGAGAUAGCAUGUACGGAUCAGAUGGCAGUGCUCCGCCUGGAUGGAAAACUGGUGACUGGAUUUGUAGUAGAAUGGGAUGUGGAGAGCAUAAUUAUGCUAGCAGGACAGAAUGCUACAAAUGCAAAACACCCAGGGAUUACGGUGGAGUUUAACCAACAAAAAAGCAAUUACAAAGUCCAGCUUUCUUGCCUUUUGUUUGCAGAAGCCUAAUAACGAGCUUUAGAUUGUUUUCAAGAGCAUAGCCAUGUAUUUGAAUUUGGAACGGUUUCUGGCUUUGUGUAUGAUUAUUGAUGUUCUUACAUGAAGCUUAUAGUAUCCCUUCUUCUUCUUCUUUCUUUUUGUUUGUUCUCUUCCAUAAUUGGAUAUGGUAAAUGCUUUCCCGGGAUCCAUCGAAA